AUGUCACUGCAUCGGAGCUGCAUAUACACCGGCCUGUCGGUCUGUACAUGCCCAGAAGGCCAGAAUGUUCGUUUCUCUUGCGGCAGUAUUUCGUCUUCCUUCUCCCCAGGUCCACCAGAGAGCGUUCACACACACUGUCCUGCUUUGUCUUCCAGUCUCCCUUCCUCGUCGGCAACGGCUCUCUUUGGAAGACACGACCGGCGGGAAGGCUGCGGCGGAGACCGCGCGACCGGUCCGGAUCCGGUGGUUCUGAGUCCAGAACUGUCGGAGAAUGCAUCUUCGCUUUCCGCGGCCUCCUUGCCUUUCCUCUCUUCGUCCCUUUCUUCCUCGCUCUCUUCCUCGGUUUCCUCUUCUUUGUCUUCGUCGCUCGCGUCCUCUCCGUGUCUCUCUUCGUCCCUCUUUUCCUCUUCGCUCUCUUGUUCCCUGCCGCGGCUGGAACCCGCAGACGUGACAGCCGAAGCGGAGCGGCUGCGGGAGAAUUGCGAGGCGCACGGGGUACCGCUUGCCGCAGAGCCCGAAGAGGAGCUUGAUCUCGCAGCCGUAGGCAAGAUCGUGACUGCUCAAAGAAAGCAAGUGCUGCAGGCCAUACAAAGACGCGCUGCCCAGAUCGAGUACUGCACCUACUGCGAAAGAAGCAUUCUCGAGUCAGGGGACACUCGUUUCUGUCGCCACUGUCGCCCGCUCCGGCAGAACGCAGAGGGGUGCGGGACCGUCGGAGAGCCCUCGUUGCCCCGGACUGCAUCUCCCUCGGUGAAGGCUGCCUCGUCGUCUCUUGUGUUCUCGUCGCCCUCUUCGGCAGAGGGUGGAUGCCUUCUGUCCGACGGCCACAACCCGAACUACGUCUCGUUUAUUUCAACUGCGGCGCAGUCGUUUUCUUCGCGAUGCGACGCCGCUUCGCUCGCGCGCGCGACCGAGCGCCGCGACCCCGGAGCGUCGGCGGACGAGCUGAAGCGCCGCGCGGAGGCCUUUCUCGCUCUCUGUGGCGCAGAGCCUGUGGCGGCUGGAAGCGAGGAGGCAGACGCGCCCGACGCGCGCUUCGAGCUCUGGUGCCAUCAGAAGGCGUGCCGAAGAGAGGCCGGCGACGUGAAGGACAUGCUCAUCUGCUUUCGCUGCCGGCAGUCGCACCACGCGAGCUGCUGCGACCCCCCGCUGAACUUCGAAUUGGUCACGAGAUAUGCCUGGCACUGCGCAGACUGCAAGAGGUGCGAGCGCUGUCAACUGAACACGAAUGAGGAGAAGAUGCUCAUCUGCGACGCGUGCGACAGGGCGUUUCACAUGGACUGCAUUGACCCGCCGGUGCUAGAGGUGCCUGACGGGGACUGGUUCUGCCCGGACUGCGGCCACUGCGCGUGCUGCGACCGGCGCCUGUCAGACGAAGAAGCGCUCGAUGCCGGCUGUUUCUUCGGCAACGCGCAUCGCGUGUGCCUCGACUGCAAAGAGAGACAUCUGCGUGUGAAGCGGAACCGCGCGACUCGGCUGGGCUCCAUGGCGCUCGACGCGACGUUUUUGCAGGCGACUAAAAAACAGGGAGGCGGCAAGCUCUGCGAAGUCUGCGUCAAGCCUCUGGCGUCCUGCGAUGCGAAAGGGGCCAAGCCGCGAGUCGCCUGCGACGUCUGCAAACAAGUUGUUCACGAAGGCUGUGCGGAGACCAACGGCGAGGCGGCGUCGCACAAACAGAUUUGGUGCAGAGCUUGCUUGCAGCUGCGCCGGGACUUCCAGUGA